GAAAACAUCUGGAUCCGCCUCCGAGGCCAGAAACGCGUCGGUCCAAGCGGCUCAGCUCUUCCAGCUCACAGGACAGCCUCUAAAACUUCUAUCCAUGCGAACUUUUCUUUGUUUCUGACAGUGAGGAAGGUCAAAGAAGAGUCUUAGUGACUUAAGAAGAUCUUGACUGGGGGAAAACGAUGGAGCUCAGGGGCUGGAGAGUCACGCCUUUCAUAUGUGUCCUUCUGUCGCUCCUAUUUCAGGCCAGUGCCUUGACUCUCAUAACGACUAACCUUUGUAAGUGGUGUGACCAGUCCAGUCCUGUGUGUGAAGACAACAUCUGCAUGAGCAACUGCAGCUUAAGCUCCUUUUGUAUGUAUACCGAGGAGGUCUGUGUGGCUAUAUGGAAGAAGGAGAAUAAUAGUGUGAGCGUGCAGACUCUAUGCCACAAUCCUCAACAUGCACUGGAGAACAUUGUGCUGUCUAAUACCAGCUCCACAGAGUGUGUAAUGACUUCAGUGCCCUCCGAGAACAGUAUGCUGUUUCUCUGCAGCUGUAUCAAGGAGUAUGACUGCAAUGACAAGCUCAUCUUUGAGAGGGGAGCAAAUGAUUUCUCAAUGCUAAGGAGUAAAGAUGUGAUUCCAGUAGUGGUGAUAAGCCUGGUUCCUCCACUCCUAGUAGCUGUGAUUGCUACAAUGGCAUUCUACCUCUAUCGCACACGCCACCUCAGCAAACAACCCAAAGACUGGGCACCGAAGCGCACACAUUACCAGUCACUGGAUCCACCUGAGGCAUGUGCUGGUGAGGCGAAUACCAGCGACUACCACGGCAAGCUUCUAUCCCUCAGUGAAGACGCCAAUUCGGACAUAUCAUCAAGCUGUGCCAAAAAAGAAAGAAGAGAGGAGCUGUGGGUGCAAUCAGUUAAUUAUUGAUAUUAAGUGAUCACUCAUUAAAUCAGUCUCAUUAAAUUUUGAAGGUCAAUAAUUAAAAUGAAUCAAUUCCAUUGAAUCGUUUAAUUUGACUCGUUUGAAUUGAAUCAUACCAUAGAAUCAGUCUCAUUCAGUGAAUCAUUUAGUGAAUCGUUCAAUGAAUCGUUUAGUGAAUCAUUUGGUGAAUCAUUCAAUGAAUCGUUUAGGGAAUCAUUUAGUGAAUCAUACCAUUAAUCCUGGUGCUUAAUAAUAAAUUACCAAACAGCUAAAUUAUGGUAUAUUUCCAAAUUAUUACGAUCACUUACCAUAUUACAUAACAUACGCACCCUUUUUGAAUUCUUUGAGAAGAUUGGGGACUUCAGAUAUUGUUGUUCACAAAUAAACACAGUUUGUUUAAUAAAUGACUAUUAUAC